AUGGCGCGUGAUAAAAAACUAAAGGCAAAGCGACGAAUCGUCUAUGAAGACGAGGAAGAAGAAGCUGCUGCUGCUGAGAAGACGAUAGCGUCAUCAUCUACGACUGCUAAUUCUUUGGAAAAAAUAACCAGUAAUAAUAAUACAAACAGCUCUCAUGAGCACAAGCGCAAACGUUUUCGAUCUAUGCACUGUCACAAACCUGCUAUUGAUGCUUUUGUCGUCAAUGAAAAUAAAAAACAUACUAAUUCAGAUAAUGACGAACCGACGGACAGCGGAUCAAACAAGUUUCCUUCUACUCAUAAAUCGUUGUCUUCAAAAGAAAACAAGCUAGAGUCGAGCAAGGUAGCGGCUUUGAAAACAGCUUUGGAUGAAAUUGCUGCGUUGAAAAAAGAAAUUUCUCGGCUUAAUGCUGAAGUUGCUUUCAAAGAUCAAGUUAUUGAAUCCUUGCAAGCUGAAAGCAAACAACUCAAGCCUGGCCUUACCUGUGUUAUUUGUGUCGAGUUUAUGUCAAAUCCAUGUACUGUUUCUUGCGGUCAUACUUUCUGCUAUGAAUGUUUGAGGGAUUGGCUUAAAAUAAGGCGGGAGUGUCCAACUUGCCGAAUGAAAAUCACGCAACGACCAGCCUUAUCAUUUGUUGUUAAAGAACAAGUUGAAACCUAUGUUGAAAGAUUACCACCUGAUGAAAAACAAAUUGCCAAACAACGAUUAAAAGUCAAGGAAGAGAUUUUUAACAGUCUUGAAAAUGCUUGGGAGAAUAUAAUCAUUGAACAAGUUCCUGUGAUAUUAGAUACGUCGGAUGGUGUAAGAGAUAAUUGGGAUUAUGAUUUGGAUGAUCCUUUUAUUGAUCGAAGAACAACUGAUGAGAUUUUAUCAGACGAUUCUUACACCAGUGAAAGUCAAAAUGGUGCUGUAGAUGAUGUAAUCGUUCAUGAACAUAAUGAACAUCACGUAUUUGAAGGGCAUGAUAGUGAAUCAAAUCAUUCAACACAUUCGAGUGACUCGACACAUUCAAGUGAAUCAGGAGGGACGAGAGAGCAUACUAUCUUGAAUAUUUUGAUGACAAUGUCAUCGAAUUCGGAAGUUCCAACUAGAAGAUUUACACAAAUGAGCAUUAGUCCUGUGCGUGUGUCCAGAGAAAGUGACGACGACAGCACUGAUCCAAGUCCUCUGCCAAUUCAACGUCGCCGAAAUAUGCGACUAACAAUACAAAGUUCGGAUGAUGACGAAGACGAAGAUGAAGUUAGUGAAGAAAUAAAUUCAAGACGACUUUAUGAUCCAUCUUCAAAUCCUACAUGGUCUCUUCUGACACCACAUACUCGAUCAGACGAAAAUGACGACCAAGUGUCCGAAUCUGAGACAGAAAAUACAGAAAAUACAGAAAAUGAAAUCGCAAGUACUGGAGAAUGGGAGACAGAUCAUAAUUCGAAUUCGACUUCGACUUCUGAAUCGUCAGACUCUUCGGAUGAUGAUGAUGCAUCAGAAACCAUUUCUCAAUCAAGUCGUCCUCGUAUCCUUGCAAUCCCUCGUAGCGAUACUGAUGAUGAGGACGAGGAGUCUUAA